AUGUCUGGAGCCGACUUGCAGCGCAUCGAGUCGUACCAAGUGAGCAGACUAUCCGCCAAAGUCAAAUCCUACCCGGCCACCCAUGUAGGACACUUGAGCCCUGGACAAGAAAAGGCACUGCUGGCGUUCAAGGAGCUAUGUCAGGAGAAGGGCUACUACGACCCGACAGGCGGUCCCAAUGGACUGCCCAGCCAUGAUGACGAGACGAUGCUGCGGUAUCUGCGUGCUCGCAAGUUUAUUCCCAGCGAAGCCUUUGGCCAGUUCAAGGACACGGAAGACUGGCGCAAGGAGAACCAACUCGAGAAGCUCUACGACACCAUCGACGUCGGCGAGUAUGAGCAGACUCGUUACCCCCAAUGGACUGGCCGACAAGACCGCCGCGGCAUCCCUGUCUACAUCUUCGAAGUCGCCCACCUGAACAGUAAGGCUGUCUCGGCCUACGAGGCUUCGACUUCGUCUAAGAACCAAUCCGUGCAGUCUAAGAUUCCUGCCAAGAUGCUCCGUCUCUUUGCCCUCUACGAGAACCUCACCAACUUUGUGCUGCCUCUCUGCUCAGAGAUGCCCAACCGCCCCUUUCCAGAGACACCCGUAUCGCAGUCGAGCAACAUUGUUGACAUUUCGAACGUGGGUUUGAGACAAUUCUGGAACUUGAAAAACCACAUGCAAGAUGCCAGUCAGCUGGCCACUGCACAUUACCCAGAAACUCUGGACAGGAUCUUCAUCAUCGGAGCUCCUUCAUUCUUCCCUACCGUCUGGAGUUGGAUCAAGAAGUGGUUCGACCCUAUCACUGUCUCGAAAAUCUUCAUUCUUUCCAAGCAAGAAAUGUACCCGACACUCUCCAAGUACAUUGAACCGGAGAACAUCCCCGAGCAAUAUGGCGGCAAGUUGAAGUACAAGUUUGGCGACCUGCCCAACAUCGACCCAGACCUCCACAAUGUGCUUCAGUGGACCGCACCGCAUAAGCUAAACGGCAUGGACACAAUCCCUAGCGGUCCCAUCAGAUGGGUGACAGAACCCAAUGGUGACAGAGUUGCCGUUGCAGUAGGCACAGAGAACGGCAAGCCUCGCGACCGCAAGGUUGCUGUUGUCAAGCAAUCUCAGCAAUCCGCUCCUGCUGCCCCAGCCGCAAGCGAACACGCCAGACAAGACGCCGAACUCUACAGAACCACCAGCGGCCAACACACACAUCCUCCCAGCCCUCCUGCCGGCGAAACCACCAUGCCUCAACCCUCCUACGACGGCACCCCGGCUACCGCAACGCCCACCACCGCGCUCCCCGUGCGCGAACACCACCAAGUCUCGUCCACGCAGACAUCUGCAAACCAGCCCAGCACAAACAGAACAGGCACUUCAGGUACGAGCUAUAUUGCGCAAUCCCACACGCACGCCCAUGGCACCCUCGCCGAUGGCACGCCCGACAAGCGCGAAGGCACUUUUGGCGAUACCUAUGGCGUAAACGAACCUAACACGAUCGGUCAGGCGCCUAAAGAACACCCCAUGCCCGAGGCCGAGGUGCCGCAGCCCACGUAUGUGGAACAAGCCAAGGAAGUUGCGGGAAACGCGUAUAGCACUGCUGCCAAUGUGGGUGCGAGUGCGUUGGCUGCCGUGGGAUACGGUAACAAGGAGCAAAAUAAAGAAGUGGUUGAGGAGGCUCCCAAGAAGCCUGAAGAUCCGAGAGUGGAUGCCAUGGGAGACAGAAAUCUUGAGGAGUUCCUUCGCAGCAAGUACGAGAGUCCUGCUGCAGCAAAGGCAAGGGAGUGA